AUGGUCCUCCACAAUCCAAAUAACUGGCACUGGGUGAACAAGGAUGCCUCGGCUUGGACGAAGCAGUUUUUGGAGGAGAAUAUUAAGGAUCUGAAGGCUGAGGAAGGUGGGGUGAUUGCCAAAUUAGACAAGCUCAUUAGCAUGGAUGGAGAUGUCGAUGUCAACCAGCGGAAGGGCAAAGUCAUCACUAUUUUUGAUGUCAAGCUGGUCAUUGAAUAUUCUGGCACCACUAAGGACGAUGAGGAGGUUAGCGGUACGAUUACAGUCCCGGAGGUGGCCCAUGAUACGGAAGAAAAUGAGUACGUUUUUGACAUAGACAUUUACUCUGAUGCCAGCUCCAAAGCACCUGUUAAAGACUUAGUCCGCGCCAAAAUCGUCCCACAACUCCGAAAGGAAUUUGCAAAGCUCGGUCCAGCCUUGAUUGCUGAACACGGCAAGGACAUCCAACACGCUCCUGGCUCCAACCCGUCGAGCGGAUUUUCCACUCCAAAACUGCACGUCCCGUCAAGCUCAGCUACCUCCCAGCCAACCAGCACAACCCAAACAAGCCAAAGCGGCAGCUCUUCCAUCAAUACUACAACCGUUACCGAUACAGAAGAAUUCCGCGCACCAGCCUCAGAGCUCUAUCAGACCUUCACGGACCCACAACGCAUCGCAGCCUUCACCCGCGCGGCACCAAAGGUAUUUGAAGGUGCCAAGAAGGGUGGCAAGUUCGAGUUAUUCGGAGGCAACGUUUCCGGCGAAUACCUCGAGCUUGUUGAGCCCACCCAGAUCGUUCAAAGCUGGAGACUGGAUCAAUGGCCAAAGGGACAUUAUUCUCGUCUCGAGAUCAGCUUUGAUCAAAAUGAUGUCGAUAAUGUCACUGUGAUGAGAGUUAGCUGGAGUGGAGUUCCCGUUGGCCAAGAAGAGGUCACGAAGAGAAAUUGGGGAGAGUACUACGUCCGGAGCAUUAAGCAGACGUUUGGCUUUGGCACAAUUCUGUGA